AUGGCUCACCGUAUCAGGUUUUGCUGGAUGGCUUUGGUCCUGCUUCUUCAGAAUUCUGUUCUAGCUGAAGAUGGGGAAAUAAGAUCAAGCUGCCGCACGGCCCACAGAGACCUGGUCUUCAUCCUUGGACGGCUCCUACAGCGUGGGCCGGAGAACUUCGAAAUCCUCAAGAAGUGGCUGGUCAACCUCACGGGCAACUUCGACAUCGGGCCCAAGUUCACGCAGGUGGGCGUGGUGCAGUACAGCGACUACCCGGUGCUGGAGGUGCCGCUGGGCAGCCCGGCUCGGCGGUGCGCUGGCGGCCGCGGGCGCCCGUGCGCUACCUGGGCGGCAACACGCCGGGGCCGGGCCAUCCGCUUCGCGCUCGACUACCUGUUCGCACAGUCCCCGCGCUUCCUCACCAAGGUGGCCGUCGUGCUGACCGACGGCAAGUCCCAGGACGAGGUCCAAGCGGCCGCCCAGGCGGCCCGCGACGGCGGGGUCAGCUGUUCGCCAUCGGCGGGCGCCGAGACCGAGGACGCCGAGCCUCAGGGCCACGCCAACAAGCCCGCGUCCACCUACGUUUACGUGGAGGACCUACAGGCCAUCAGCAAGAUCCGCGAGGUGAAUGAAGCAGAACGUCUGUGUGACGAAUCUGUCUGUCCAACACGAAUUCCUGUGGCAGCCCGAGACGAGAAGGGAUUUGAUAUUCUUUUAGGGCUAGGUGUAAAUAAGAAAGUUAAGAAAAGAGUCCAGCUUUCACCAACAAAGAUAAAAGGAUAUGAAGUGACAUCAAAAGUUGACUUGUCAGAGUUUACGAGCAACGUUUUCCCAGAAGGUCUUCCUCCAUCGUAUGUGUUUGUUUCCACUCAGAGAUUUAAGGUCAAGAAAGUGUGGGAUUUGUGGAGGAUAUUAACCAUCGAUGGAAGGCCACAAAUGGCAGUUACCUUAAAUGGGGUGGAGAGAACCUUGUCAUUUACAACAACCAGUGUAAUCAAUGGCUCACAAACUGUCACCUUUGCUGACUCUCGAGUUAAGACAUUAUUUGAUGAAGGCUGGCAUCAAAUUCGUCUUUUAGUAACAGAGCAAGAUGUAACUCUGUUUAUUGAUGAUCAGCAAAUAGACAGUAAGCCCUUACAUCCAGUACUAGGAAUCUUCAUCAACGGGCAAACACAAAUUGGAAAAUAUUCUGGGAAAGAAGAAACUGUCCAGUUUGAUGUCCAAAAGUUGCGAAUCUAUUGUGACCCAGAACAGAAUAACCGGGAGACGGCGUGCGAGAUUCCUGGAUUUAAUGGAGAGUGCCUUAAUGGUCCCAGUGACAUAGGUUCAACUUCAGCUCCCUGCAUUUGUCCUCCAGGAAAACCAGGAUCCCAAGGCCCCAAAGGUGAUCCUGGACAGCCUGGGAGCCCUGGCUACCCUGGACAACCUGGUCAAGAUGGUAAGCCUGGAUUUCAGGGACCCUCAGGAUCACCAGGUGUUCCAGGAUCUCCAGGAAUGCAAGGAGCCCGAGGACCUCCAGGUUACAAAGGAGAACCAGGGAGGGAUGGCCAAAAGGGUGACCGUGGACUUCCAGGCUUCUCUGGGCUUCAUGGGAUGCCAGGAUUAAAGGGUGACAUGGGCCCCAAAGGAGAGAAAGGAUCACCUGGAGUUUAUGGGAAAAAGGGUGCAAAAGGUGAAAGGGGAAAUGCUGGAUUUCCUGGACUUCCUGGACGUGCUGGAGAACCAGGAAGAGAUGGAAAAGAUGGAUUAAUGGGUAACCCUGGUUUCAAGGGAGAAGCAGGAUCCCCAGGUGCCCCAGGGCAGGAUGGAUCUCGGGGAGAGCCUGGAAUCCCAGGAUUUCCUGGAAACCAAGGGUUAAUAGGACAAAAGGGAGAAAUUGGGCCUCCAGGACCACAAGGAAUAAAAGGAGCUCCAGGAAUGCCAGGUUUGGUGGGAAGCAGUGGUUCACCAGGCCAGCCUGGCACACCAGGAUCUAAGGGGAGCAAAGGUGAACCUGGAUUUCCAGGGCUGCCAGGGGCUGCUGGGCUCAAGGGGGAGCCAGGGGCAGAAGGUCUCCCAGGAGAACCUGGCUACACAGGCUUACCGGGGGUCCAAGGAGCAAAGGGAGACAAAGGAAGUCAAGGUGAAACGGGCAUUCAGGGGCUAAAGGGAGAGACUGGAAGACAAGGGACCCCAGGAAAACAGGGAAGUCAAGGCCAUCCUGGAGGGAAAGGACAGAGAGGAGAAAAGGGAGAACCUGGUAUGAGAGGUGGCAUUGGACCAAAAGGAGAUCCUGGGGUGAAUGGCCUGAUGGGGCCUGCAGGUCCCAAGGGACAGCCUGGGGACAUGGGUCCUCAGGGGCCACCAGGACUGGAUGGGAAGCCCGGAAGAGAAUUUUCAGAACAGUUUAUUCGACAAGUUUGCACUGAUGUAUUAAGAGCCCAGCUACCAGUCUUACUUCAGAGUGGAAGAAUUCAAAACUGUGACCAUUGCCAGACUCAACGUGGCUCUCCUGGUGUACCUGGGCCACCUGGUCCCAUGGGCCCUGAAGGUCCCCGAGGAUUUCCUGGUUUGCCAGGGAGAGAUGGGGUUCCUGGAUUAAUGGGCGUCCCUGGGCGCCCUGGUGCUAGAGGAUUAAAAGGCUUACCAGGAAGAAAUGGCGCAAAAGGGAGCCAAGGGUCUGGAUAUCCUGGAGAACAAGGUCCCCCUGGUCCCCCAGGUCCAGAGGGCCCUCCUGGAAUAAGCAAGGAAGGUCCUCCAGGGCACCCAGGUGUCCCUGGCAAAGAUGGAGAUCAUGGGAACCCUGGAAUCCAAGGACAGCCAGGCCCUCCUGGCAUCUGCGAUCCAUCCCUGUGUUUCAGUGUCAUUGUCGGAAGAGAUCCAUUUAGAAAAGGACCAAACUACUAAUGUCUGACGCCUCACUCGACAGCCCAGGCGUGGUGCUUUUGUGGUCUUGUGCAGCUCAGGAAGAUAACCCAGAGAAACCCCUCGAAAAGAAACUAAAGUACCUCGGUGUUUUUAUUUCUUUUUCCUUAAGGAAAAGUGUAUAAAAGGUUACAUGUACUGAUAUUUAAAGGCUCCUCAGUAAUUUGGAGUCUCAAGAUUAGUAGCAUUAAUUAAUUCUCAAGGGUUUCUUGUUAAGUCCAUUCUUUUUAAUCAAAGUUAAACGCAAAAAUCCACCAUUGCCUGUUAGUCAGUUGAUUUCAGUCACUGUGAAAUACUUCGCAGUCUCCAUGCAGGAAAGACUUGAGUUCAAGUUCAUGUUUGUGUGUAUUUCAUGUUGCUUAUCUUACAGCUCAUGUGUCUGCAUCAGCCAUAAUGUACCUGGACGCUGGAAAUAAGACGAGGGCUGAUAUUCAGCUGGGAU